AUGGGUUCCGGCUGGACUCUGCUCACCGGACAGCUGCUUCUGGCGGCUGUCACGGCAGACUUCACCAUUUUCGACAACUACAAUGCUACGGAUCUCAGCUCCUCGUUUGGGGUAGACAGCCAGUGCAUGCAGGCGUUAAACGCGACACUGAGCUGCGAUCUCCUCAACACUGUACAAGCAGCCCAGGGAGUCGACCUCGAGUACUGGUCUCAGGAGAAUGUCACGACCAUGUGCACGGCAGACUGCUCGACGUCGUUGGAAAAGUGGCUUUCGGCAGUUGAAAGCGAUUGCUCCGGCCAACAGGUCGCUCACAACGGCCUUGUGCUGGAUCCCAAGUACAUGCCACUGAGGUACAUCGGGGGCUACCAGCUUGCCUGCCUCCAGGACACGGCUGAGAACUGGUGUUUUUUCGAGUCUCAGUCAUGGGUCGGCAGCGAUUACAUCAGAUGGGAUCCGGCGGCAUGCUAUCAGGAAGACGAGACGAACAUACCCGCCGAGUGCAGCGAUCCUGACUUCUCCACUGCCGACAUGACGUCUGACAUGAUGGCCGUGACGAAUCUAUACGACAAGGAGCUGUACUGCAGCGAAUGCUUCUUGCUGAUGUGGAGAAAACGGCUCGAGGAUCCGUUCCUCGUGUCUUCGAAUCACACGGAUUACCUGCUGGAGCAGUUUGAUCUGUUGCAAACCAACUGCUCCACAACCAUGGCAUUGACGACUUCGGCGCCGACGUUGGUUUCUAAUACCAUAGCUACGGCCUCUGCCACAACGACGACGACAACAUCCUCGACUGACCAAGCCAACGCAACGUGCACUGGCCAGCUCGUCCAGCCCACAGACCCUUCGCUGCCAUGCGAGAUUCUUACAAGGAACUACAAUGUCAGCACCGGAGAUGCACGGCAGGUUACUGGAGACUACAACUGCCAGUUUAGCAACACAACAGUGUGCCUGCCGCUGCCGUGCGAGCUGGAUACGAUCUAUGGUGGUGUAACCUGCACUGAUCUCGCCGCGAAUUAUUCCGACGCCAAUCAGAAUGUGACGAUACCGAUGCUGCUGCAGUGGAAUCCCAAGCUCGCAGGAAGCUGCGACAAUCUCGGGCCUCAGGCGCUUUGCAAAGGGUGCGCUGGCUUCCACUGGAUGAAUGGCGUGCAGAAACCGCUGACCAAACCAGGCCUGCGCAGGGCAGAUAUACACCAACUGCAUCGAUAUUCGCACCCACAAGCACAGGACAGUACUACACUACAGGCAGCGACUCCUGCGCUGCCCACAGAACCGGGUGCAGCCGCGGCCUGUGGGCUCUACUACAGCGUAAAGACGGGAGAUACGUGUCAGACUAUCGCGCUGCGGUUCGGCAUCACGCUCCAAGAUGUCAAAGACCUCAACGACCAACUCAACGACGACUGCACCAACCUUUGGCUGGAUUACGCCAUAUGCGUGGCGCCGAUAACAAAGGGCGCGACGAGUACGGACGGCACGUGUGGACCAAACUACAACAAUGCCGACUGUGAAGACUCGGGCUUCGGCGACUGCUGCUCGGUGAACGGGUAUUGCGGCGACGGGGCAGCUUACUGCAGCGCCAACGUUUGCGUGUCCGGCGCAUGUUCCAACUCGACCGAGCUCAUCAGCACCGACGGAACGUGCAACCAGACGAUCAGCUGCACUGGCUCCGGGUUUGGCGAGUAUGUUGAUCAAGCCUUGGGCGUCUUGGAAGUCGAUGCUGACCGAAGCCGCAGCUGUUGCAGCACGAGCGGGUACUGUGGGUCGGGGGAUGAUUGGUGCGGCCCAGGAAACUGCAUGUCCGGAGCGUGCGACCCUGACAUUGGCGGGAAGAGCUUGGACGGGUCGUGUGGGCCGCUGUUUGCGGGCAACAAAACCUGUACCGGAACGCAAUUUGGGAUCUGCUGCAGCACAUCUGGAUAUUGUGGCAAUUCCACAGACUAUUGCGCUCGAUGGCGGGUGAGCCCAGACCGCCCGCCCCGGGAAGACGUGGAUGGGCUGGAUUUUGAGCGCUGCGCCGCCCUGCACAACGCCAUCGUCAGCUACGCCUGGAGAUCCUACGGCAUGCCGGCGCCCAGGGAACGGCUCCCGCUGCCUAGCUGGUGGGAAUACCACGCCGACGAGGCCGAGGCCGUACGCUCCAGACUCCACCCGUCCAUCGUCGAGUUCCUGCAGCGCGCAUACGCGAUCCCCCGCGACUCGGGGAUCAGCUUCUUCAGAUACCUGCACGGACUGCAUGCCCCCAGCAUGCUCUGGUUCACCCAGGGAUUCGGACAGGGCGACCGCUUCCUGACGCUCUACAACACCCACGCCGAGCUCGGCUCCAACCCCGACGGACUUGUCUACGACCAGACCGACCACACCGUCCACAUGAACUUCAGCAUCGAGGACAUGAAGCUGGACGAGGACGAACCGGAGUGGCUGAAGCUCGAAUCCGUCCUGAGCAUCUACAUCGACAUGAUCGAGCACCGCAAGAUCGUCGCCCUGCCGUUCAGCUUCUUCGAAGACGACGCCCCCGCCGCCGCCCCCAACGGCAGCAGCCAGCCGCGAAUCGACCCCGCCAGCGGCGCGCGCAAGCCCGUCGUCGACUACGCCCGGCCGUGGGUCGAGGCGCCCUACUCGAAAGUCGACCUCGAAGAAACGCUCGACAUCUGGGCCGAUCUCAUCAAGGCCAUCGAGACGCGCAUGCCGGGCUACGCCAUCGACGCCGCCGCCGCCGCCGACGCCGACAACCAGCACGGGCUCGUCGACGCCGCCAGCCUGGACGCGGCGGGCGUGCCGGCGACGGGCUUCGCGCGCGAGCUGCUGCUGCGCGCCCGCCGCCCGCGCUUCGUCUACCUCGCCCCCGGCGUGCGCCUGCCCACGCUGGACGAGUUCGUCGCCCAGCCCUACCGCGACGUCGCCUUCGACGACGAGGGCCCGCAUUUCGUGAAGCCCAUCCGGCUGUUCGUCGUCGAGCAUGAUGUUUCCCAGCAGCCUGUUCCGCACGAUGAUGCCGCGGGCUGGCCGUACAACCUGCUGCCGGGCGGCGCGCCGUGCGGCUUCUACCUGGACCUCUGCUGGACCCAGGACCCAGCGCCGUUCGAGGACGCGGUGCUGGUGCGGUUCCCGUUCGAGCUGGCGCGCCGGCCGGACGGGUCGACGCCGGGCGUGUGGCGCAUGGAUGGGGUGGAGAAGUACGGCAAGCCGCAUGGGACGCAGCUGCUGGCGGUGCUCGAGAACAUGUAUAACAACGUGACCGAGGGUAACUGGCGGGUGGACGAGUACGGAGUGGCCGGGGGGAUUGCCGAGUUCCAGGAGGCGGAUGCACGCGAGUUGGAGGAGCGUUAUAGCAUCCCCGUCGGUCCGCAGAGGUUCUGGUGA